UAUAGGUAGGUACAAUUCUAAGACAACUUUAAGUAAAGUCCGCUUCUAGAAAUUACACUAUUUCGCCUCGUGACUUCAUUGUGAUCACCGACCACCCUUACAUACAUAGUAGCGUUUUGAUACAAGUGGAUAGAUACAAGUGGAUAUUCGACUUAAGUUAUGAUGAAGGCAAAUGAGAAUACAACCCACAAAGCUACACUACUAUCGUCUAGCGCUGUUUAGAAGUUUCACAGACUACCAAGUACCUAGCGCUUCAAGUCGAGCUUCACAAUCGACGGGCUAUAUGUGAAGAUGACAUCUAAAAGAGCCAAAGAGAGACGCUUCGUAGCGCCUCCGGAAGUGGACAAUGUUACAGAGGCCGGAGCCGGAGCCGAAGCUAAUAUCCUAGACGAUCGUAGGUGGAAGCGCAGGAGAAGAAAUGCCAAUGUCUACGACGCGGUAGCAGGUCGAGUCACCACGACUCUCCCUUUAGAUGAUGGAUCCGAGUCCGAGAUACCCUCUCAUCACUCUCGGACUUCGCGAGACCACCGUCGCGAUCCUACACUCGCGCCAGAAGAAGUCCUAUUUCGCCGUAUCCGUGCACCCGUGCGCUAUGCCGAAAAGGACAUCUAUCACGCCCACGAGGAAUUGCGGGACGGUGGUAGAGGCACGCUACCCGAUAGUGAUAUGCUCAAAGCGGUCCAUAGCUACUCUAGCCACUUCUACGCAGCACUUGCUGCGGCCCGGGGUGAAACCGAUGCUCGAAACAUCGACGAGCAGAGCAUGGACGAGACAGCGCUCUUAGCUUUUGGCAUAUUACUCGAAGAGGCGAGCCGGAACACACUCGGUAAAACGGGAGACCUGGUAUUCACCGAGGGUGUGGCAGCAAGGCAAGACGGAGAACCGGGGAAUAAUGAUGAUGAUGAAACCCUGGGCUUUAAGGCGUCGAUAAUGGGGCGAUGACAGUUGAGAUCGCGGAGUAGUAAUCUUAAUGGCGCAAUAAGCUCAACGAGGCCUCUCAGCUCGAAAGCUACACUCGCCAAAUUGGAGUGGAAUAUUCAUGGGGGCUGACCGACGGCAUGUUCUCGGAGACUUUAGGUUGCAGCGACGCUUGACAGGCUAGAGCCAA